AUCUGGAGAGGAUGGAGCCGAUCGAAUUAAGAGUUCUCUCCUUGGGUCGAAGUCUUUCUGCAAGUUACCUCAAACCGCUUUAUAUGCGUGUGGGCUAACUGCAUUUUAAUCGUUUUUCUUUAAAAAACAACAACAACAACAACCCCAAGUUCCAUUCACAACUGUAUGGAUGUGGUAUUGUUAGAAGUAAAAAAAAAAAAGGUGAUGGGCGCAGAACAGAUAUGUGACGACAACUUUAUCAUCUCCUCCCGAUAUAAGCAGGCUUAUAAAAAAAAAACUGAAACGCGUUAACUGUGAGUUUCGAUUCGGAGGCAGGCGGCAAAUAUGAUGUGUGCUGGGAUCGGAAGUCGUCGUAGUUAUUUAAUUUAAAAAAUCAUUGAAAUGACGAAGGUCUGGUUUUCUGUAUUGAAGAGUAACCAAGAAAUAAGUCGGAAUUUCAAAGCAUAGCCGAGAACCCGUGUUGCGGGGUUCCUUAGAGAUGCGCACGAACUUUUUCAUGCAGAUUUCCAGAAACGUAGCUGGAAUUUGCCGGAAAGCCCAGCUCCCUUUUUCCAGCAAUUUUUGGGUGUGUGCUCGUGAUUGCAUGGGACGAUGCAAGCUCUACAGCGGCAUCUUGUGGGGAUCGAAGAUAACAGCUGGGAAAUUCAUGUUUGUACACUCUGUAGGGAGCCUACUGGACUCCACAUGGGCCCUCAAACAGCUAAUCAGUCUCAGUUGAGUGUUUUGUUUUUACAUUUGCACGGGAGCAUCUCACCUAAGGAGAGCAGUCAAGCCCAAAUCUCACAGACGUUUCAAAAUACUGUACCGUAUUCCCCCUCGCCCAAAAGAUUUUGUCUCUGUGUAUUUUACCAACAGCAAAAUCAAAAGACAAAACAACGUAAACAUUCCACACAGACUCACAAAAAUACCACUGCGGGUUUGCGCCCGAUCACUUUUAAUACUGUUACAUAAAACUUGCUGGUAGAUAAAAUGCUUAGUCUGUAACAGAAGAGAGCAAAUACUCCAAUACAAAAUACUUCCAAUAUAUUUGACAGGGGCCGUGAAAUGCUGCAGCCAUUAAAGUAAUUAUAUCUGGUUUUAGUUGGAAACUUCAUUUAUUGGUUAUUGAGCAAAUAUCUGGGAAACUUCAAUCAUGUUUCUUACAUAAAAAUUGACUUGUUGUGUAAUUAUAUGCUUUUAAUAAUACGUACACCGAAACUUAAUUGUCAAUGAUACUUAACAGUGGCAAACACUUUCACUUACUGGCACUGUGAGUAAUGAUAAACUAAAGAAAGAAAACCACCCCCCAACCUGAACAAGUAAACAGCGCAUACCGCUGGUCUGUCACGAAUUGUCUCUUAUUGAGGAUUCAAGAUGGCUCCCGAGCAACGGGGACGCACAGGUUCCUUGGAAACGGCGUAAAUAAUUACAACUACCAGAAAUGCAACACAAAAGAGCUGUUUUCAAUGUAUUUAAGAAAACGGAGUAAAUACUAACUGCAAUUUCAAAAAGGCUCCGUCAUGUUGUAACUGCCCUCCCGUCAAAGUGUUCCAAGUGGGGAGGACAAAAGUAUGACACAAAAUGACAAGCAAAAAGCAAAUGGAGAUGAAGAAGUCAUCAAAGAGCUGUGUGCCGCCAAUGGGCUGUCCUAUGAAAAGGUGUCCGCGGAAGGGGGCAAUGUCCUGGCUCUGGAGAUGUUCUUCUCGGGGUACCCCCGCAUGGUGGGGCUUCACCUCUUCCCCCGCCUGUCCCAGCUGACUGUCGUGGGGCAGGGCGUGGGGAGGAUUGAGGGCCUGGACUCUUGCCCCCUGCUCCAGGAGCUGUGGAUCGUUGAAUGUCAGCUGACUGAGAUUGGUGGCCUCCAAGCCUGUCUGCAGUUAAAGAAGCUCUUCCUAUACGACAAUAAAAUCACUAAGAUUGGGAACUUGGAGAUGCUGGAGAACCUAGAGGUUCUUUGGCUGAACAACAACCUUAUCACUGUUAUUGAGGGACUAAAUACACUCAAAAAUUUGAGAGAGCUGAAUGUUGCUGGCAAUGCAAUUGAGAAAAUUGGAUGUUGCCUUGAUCCUAACGUUGCUCUUGAAACAUUGAACCUAUCUGGAAACAGAAUCAGCUCAUUUAAGGAGGUCGCUCACCUGGCACGGCUUCCUCGUCUAAAGGAUCUGGGACUGAAGGACCCUCAGUACACCCCCAACCCUGUGUGCUUGCUGUGCAACUAUGCCACACAUGUCCUAUAUCACAUGCCAUGGCUACAGAGACUGGACACGUAUGAUGUCACGCAUAAACAGAUUAAAGAUGCAGCAGAGUUAACAGUAAUGAAGAAGAUGAUGUAUUACAACAUGCGUGUGAAGACAGUUCAGAGACACCUAGUGAAUAUGCAGGCUAAACUGAGGGAGCAAAAGAUGAACCUAUUGCACCUGCCGAAAGAGAGAAUAAGGAAUUUAAGUUUUGCUCUAAAAAAUCUGGAGAGAGAGCUGUCAGAUGUCCAGGCUGAUUUCAGAAAGCCUUGUGGCAUGGGACCUGCACAGCCCUCAGACAGCCCACAGGCGCUUUCAGAAGGGUCAGCCGACCAUAGCUGCAAGCCGGGGGACGGCACCAGAGGCCUCUGCCUUGGACAGCAGCCGCUGCUCAAAAUGGACGCAGUGAAAGAAAGGAUCUCCGUGUGGACAAGAAAGCUACAGGAGAUCGAGACACGCUACCAGCAGGAUGUCAAAAGGGCUGCCGAGAGUACUGGACUGAUGGUGCACUUUCUGCUGAUCGAGCUUGAAACAGUAGGAAACAUUCGGUUUGAAGAAGGCUCCUCAGCUGAUACCUGGUUCAACCCCUGCUGUGACCUCAUCCUGUCCCGAUUCUGUGCCUGGGAUUUCAAGGCUUUUGGCAUCACGGGAAUAAAGAUAAACCAAAUUAUCAGGAUUCACAAUCGUGUGUUGAGGCUCAUGUUUGAAGACAAACUUCACUGUCUCCUGGCAAAUGAGGAGUCCACCAUUUUCUCUCAAAACUAUAAGCGGGGUCUGGAAUAUCUGUUUUAUGUGUCUGAUCCAGAGCAUUGUGAUGAAAAAAAUGAACUGCUCAGUAUUCCAGAGAAUGGUUUCAAAACAGCUGACUCAUAUAAGGCUUUGGGCAGAGAGAGAGCUGUCCCCCUCUCCAACAGUCUGAGUGUCUGUGACAAGCUGAGGAUGAGAUACCUGCAGAGCCAGGCCAAAGCCUGCAGAAUGAGUGGCACAGACCCUGUUCCUUUCAGAUAUGGCCAGAUUGUGGUUGCCAAAGCAUUUCUGGGACGCAGUGUGUCAGCCCGACAUGGCGAGGCUGUGGAUCCGGACAACUAUCCCAAGGCUCACUCUGUCUUCCGCAGCGUGACGAUGGACAGGGAGCAGCAGUCUGGGACAGAGACCCAAAAGCCCUGUUCUUCCACCCAGCAUGGCACCUGUGACUGCAGCCUCCGGCAGAGUGAAUGGUUUGUGUUCGACCACGAGCUCGUCCUGCCAGAGUACCUCAUUGACUUCGAAUAUGUCACGCAAGACUGUCCCCAGCCUCUGUUCCCGGAGCUCAGGACUCCCUACAGUCCUGAAGACAGGCCCGGCUUGGAAUCUGCUGUGUCUGCACACCACAUCCACCUAGAUGAGGAGGCACUGAGCAUGGAGCCAGUCCUCAAGCCCAAGCCCAAGAUGAUCAGCCUGGAUGAGAAGACCAUGCUGACUGUGGCAAGAGCCAAUGUCCUCAGCCAGAUCACAGUCCUCAAUCUUCAUGGGAACAGUCUGAAUAAAUUAAAGGAUGUCUCACGCCUGACAGCCCUGAGGAAACUUACCAUCAGCUUUAAUGAGUUCACACAUCUGGAUGACAUCUCACAUCUGCCUAACCUGGAGUAUGUGGAUGCCAGUCAUAACCGAAUAGUGGCCCUCGAGGGCCUGAGGGGAGUGAGCAAACUGAAGCAUUUGGACCUGAGCUGGAACCAGCUGACCAGAGCUCGGGAGGAAGCUGCAGUCCUGCGCAAACAUGCCCCCAUGUUGCUCCGCCUAGAUAUCCAACACAACCCCUGGCACAGACCUGAAUCGGUACGCAUGACCAUACUUGGGCGACUGAAGACACUCACUCAAUUGGACGGGAGGCUCGUAACUGAGGAAGAGGCUGUUGUCUCUGUGCAAAUGGCUGCUGGGUGCAGGAUCAAUCAAGCGGCGCUGCUGGCUCACUCCCGCACAGACUCGGCUCGGCCCCGCCGCCUCAGCCUGCUGUCAGCAGCCCAGCUCUCCACCCAGCUCAGCCCAAGCCCCUGGGACCCCUCUGGCGAGCUCGAGCCAGGCUGGACCUCGCGGAUCACCGCACUAAAUCUCGACGGCCAGAAGCUCACACGACUCGCCAACCUGGACAAACUGGUGAACCUGCGGUGGGCGUCUUUCAGUGACAAUGACAUCAGCAAGAUAGAGGGCCUUGAUAGCUGCCUGCAUCUGGAGGAGCUGUGUCUGGAUGGAAACUGCAUCUCCAGCCUGGACGGAAUUUCAAAGCUGACAAGACUGACCAGGCUUAGUCUGAAUGGGAACCAGCUGCUAACUCUUGAUGAGGCAGUUCUGGAGAAGCUGCCUCACCUUCACUUCCUUUCUGUGGAAAGUAACAAAAUCGGCUCCCUGCAAGGCCUGCACCAGGCCAGGGCGCUGAUCGAGCUCUACGCUGGAAAUAACAACAUUGGCACAGGCUGGGACAUAUACCAUCUGAAGGGCUUGACGAACCUCUUUAUUCUGGAUUUAUAUGGGAACCCUCUAAUUAGCAAGCAGGAAAACUACAGGAUUUUUGUGAUAUUCCACCUGCCGUCUCUCAAGGCUCUUGAUGGUAUUGCUGUGGAGGUGUCUGAAAGUGAGCAUGCCAAGGAUGUCUUUGGAGGAAGGCUGACGGCCGAUAUGGUGGCUGAGAAACUAGGCCACUCGAAUUACACUGAAAUCUCCGAGCUGUGCUUGCCAUCUUUGGCAAUCAGGACUGUGGACCUGGCUCCAGCAGAUCUUUUCCAGAAUCUGUGGAGCGUUAACCUGGAGCACAACAACCUGACCUCAUUCAGUGGCCUGGUCUUCCUCCCUAACUUGAAAGUCUUGUGUCUGAAUCACAACCGCAUUGAGUCCAUCCUGCCAAAACAGAAGCUGCAAACCCAUCUUAACAACAGGCAGAUGCUAUACCAGAAGGUGACCUCCAGUGGCUAUGGACAGCAAGGAACUUCCAAAGUUUGCAGGGAUCAGGCAACCAGCAACAGUCUGAACCCACUAAUGGGGAGUUUAGAGGUACUGCAUUUAAGCCACAAUGGGAUUUCCAGUCUGGCUCAUCUCCAGCUCAGCAGGCUCACCAAUUUAAAAGCACUCUUUCUUCAAGGUAACGAGAUCUGCCAGAUCGAGGGGCUGGAGGGGCUGUGCUGUCUCCGGGAGCUGGUGCUGGACCGCAACCGCAUCAGGAGUGUGGGCGAGGCCUCCUUCGCCAGCCAGGCGGCGCUGGUUGAGCUGCACCUGGAAGAAAACAGGAUCCGGGAGCUCGGCCAGUUCCAGGGCCUGACAGAGCUGCGCAGGCUGUUCCUGGGCAUGAACAAGAUCCAGGACGUCUCUGAGCUUGAGAAGCUAGAAGUCCUUCCUUCACUUACUGAGCUUUCUGUUGUGGGCAAUCCAGUAGCUCGGAAGUCUCUCCACCGCCCGGCCGUGGUGCUGCGGCUGACUGGCCUGCAGGUCCUGGACGGCGCAGCAGUGACGCUGGAGGAGAGGGCUCGGGCCGAGCUGCUCUGUGCCGAAACACAGUGCUCCCCAUCAACAAGCGCUGCAUUGGACUUGUGUGUCCCAGGACUGCUGCCCCUUGUGGCACGAGCUGCACCCCUGCGUGGGACCAACCUGCCUCUGCCAGGGACUCUGCAUCACUUCCUGGGCCGCCAUGAUCACAUGUUGCCCUGCGGUUUAGAGGAUGCCCUGCCUCACGACACACACAGACUGCUUCCUUCUACAGACAAAAAACAACAGAAACACAACAGUGGGCUUCUGGCUGUGCACUCCCGAAGCAUUCAUUCCGAGCUGGCCUACAGACAGACACGAGGACUGGGAGGGAACCUGCAUCCCUCAUCCCUGCUGCCGCACCAUCCUGCUCGGCUGCUGUACCCAUACCCCCGGUCGCAGGAGCAAGAUGGAAGGUUCCAGAGUCACAGCGCACCCAGGCCUCCACAGAUGUAGAUAAGAUCACGUCUUUUUUUCCCCAAGACCCUUACUUCCUUUGGAGUAACUGCAGUUUGAGUCACAAUGAAGGUGCAAAAAGACGUGUUCAAGAAUUUGGAACUUUGUUUAUUUUAUUACACUGUAUCGAUCAUCAGCUUUGUUUUGGAAGAAAAGAUAAUUAUCCAGUAGAAAUGCAAAGGUAUAAUGAAUCUGAAUGGAUUUUUUACAAAGCUAUUGCAACUUUUAGAGCGCUGCUUUCAUUGUGUUGUCUUUUUUUCAACACAAAGAAAAAUAAAAACCAGCCAUACUGGCCAAUAAGGAAACUAUAAUUUUUAACAGCCUUGUGCUUCCCUUUCCAGGAUUAAUUCUGAGGCUCUCCCUGUCUCUCUUUGUUUAACACACAACCUGGAGUAUACAAGAACAGUUACCUGUGAGACAGAGAGGAAAAAUUGUGUAUUUUCUGCAUUUUAUGGGUACCGUCUUGCCUAUUGUGAUCAAUUUAUUAGUAAAAUUGGAAUGAUAGUUUUUUUUCUCUUUCUCAUUCAAUAUCCAACAGCACUAAUGUGGUUAAAAACAUACACAGAUGCUCAGCCUGUGGGUAGGUUGUGUAGUUCAGUGGGUCAAAUGGAUAUCUAAUGUAGAUAAUCUUGCCUUAACACACCUCUUUUAGGAUGAUAAUCCGUUAUUGCUCUCAUAGAUUGGUAAUCUUGAAUUAAUUCCAAACGUAAAGUAGUUUUCAUUGCUGCUGUGAAAGAAGAUGCACAGAAAAUGUAAACCAAUUCUCUGCCUGGCAUCUGAGUAAUGAACAGUAAAUGAAUGAAUGGUAGGAACUGGGAAUGUGUACAGAAAAAUGAGUUAAUGGAGCAUGGGGGCAGGUACAGUGAUUUACAUGUACAUGUGUCUCCAUGCAGAACAGACCCCCACACUGCCCAGGCCAGCUGGGUCACAGCAGCCUUUCCUGUGUUUGGCUCAUGCCUUUCUGUUAGCAGAUGGGGGGUGGGGGUGGGAAAGAGGUAUUGACUUGCAUUCCAGAAAGUCCUCCUGGCCAUUCAUGACCGACUGCGAUAUACUCGGGUAACUUUGCUGAAUAUGCACCAAAUCACUGAUCACUUAAUGAGUGAAAGGACUGAAUGAGUAUAGGUGAGAAGGUGAUCUCACCUGUUGAAGGUAAACCUGGUGAAAAUCAAGAGAAAACAAUGCAGGAAGGAACAAUAUGUUAUCAAGACAUCAGCAGUAUGACGGCUGUGUGCCAUCUAAACCUUGGAAGUAUUAAACGGAGAAAAUACCACAAGCCUGAUGGGCCGAACUGCAACCUCUGCGCAUGCACAUGCUUCUGAUAUGUAUGUGGUUACAUCAUACAUCCACAAGGUGUCCCUGGUGCACUGCCUCGCCGCUACACACAGAUAAUGACUAUUCCUAUUGUACAUUCCCUGUCAGGGUUCCCUUGAAGACCUCUUCAUUUUCUUUCUAAGCAUACAAAGCCGCAGAGAUAAUACGCUUUGUUACUUUGUUAAUGUAUACUUGUGAUGUCAAAAGGUGUUACAAGCAACUGUAGAAAAUGGUUUUUAAGUAAGGAAAUAUUUUUGAUAUUGUACUUGGAUAAAUAAUAUAGCACCGUUAAGAAUGCUGCACAAAGAAAUACUGUUCAUCAUAGCUUAAAUUAAUGGAGGUUACAAUGAUGUAAGAAAACCAGUCUUUAGUUACUUCUGUUUAAGAUGCACUUGAAGAAACGAUCAAUAAAAAGGAAUGCAAUG